UUCUUUGGAGUUGAUAUGACAUAACCAGCUGUUAUCUUUUUUUUAGUUUUCUCUUUUUUUAUCAAAUUUAUCCUGAGUCUGUUGAGUAACUCAGCUGAUAGUAGACGAUGGCAGCUCCAAGGGUACUUUCUAGGUUGAAGACCUUCUCGUUUUUGGCAAAAAGAUCGGCCUCAAGUGAAGCAUUCCCAAAAAUAACAACACAUUACACAGUCGUACCCAGAGAUAAUGAUGAAAGGUGGCAAGGCGUUAACAUGGAGAGGUUCCAAGAUGAAGCGGAUGUUGUCAUCGUGGGCGGAGGGCCAGCUGGUAUGGCAACGGCCAUUAAGCUGAAGCAACUGGCUGAAGAGGCUGGCAAAGAACUUAGAGUAUGCCUCGUCGAGAAGGCUUCUCAGCCAGGAGCCCAUACAUUGUCUGGAGCUGUCAUCGACCCCAUUGCGCUCAAUGAGCUGAUACCCGACUGGAAGGAGAAAGGUGCUCCGUUGAAUACACCAGUCGCUCAUGAUGAAUUUGCCUAUCUGACCGAAACUGGAAGGAUAAAAAUACCAAUUUUUAAAGGAAUGCCAAUGGAUAACCAUGGUAACUACAUUGUAAGGCUUGGUCAUGUUGUCAGCUGGCUGGGCGAGCAGGCCGAAGCGGCGGGCGUCGAGCUCUAUCCUGGCUAUGCUGCCUCCGAGGUGCUCUACCACGACGAUGGUUCUGUCAAAGGAAUUGCGACCAAUGAUGUUGGCAUUGCCAAGGAUGGCUCUCCUAAGGAUGUUUUUGAAAGAGGAAUGGAACUGCACGCCAAAGUGACAGUCUUUGCAGAAGGCUGCCAUGGCCACUUGACCAAGGGACUCAUGAAAAAGUUUAACUUGAGAGAGAACUGCGAACCGCAGUCAUACGGUCUCGGCGUGAAGGAGUUGUGGGAGAUAAAUCCUGAGCUACACAAACCUGGUACCGUAGAGCACACUAUCGGCUGGCCUUUGGACAUACAUACUUAUGGUGGUUCGUUUCUGUAUCAUCUAAACGAUCCGACUCCUCUCAUCGCGAUCGGGAUGGUUAUCGGACUUGAUUAUUCAAAUCCUUAUAUGAGCCCGUUUAGAGAAUUCCAGAAGUUUAAGCACCAUCCAAGUAUUAAAAAAGUUCUAGAAGGAGGAAAAAGGAUUGCAUAUGGUGGAAGAGCGUUGAAUGAAGGAGGAUACCAGUCAAUUCCAAAAUUGACCUUCCCCGGAGGGUGCCUUAUAGGCUGCACUGCCGGCUUCCUCAACGUGCCGAAGAUCAAAGGAACCCAUUACGCGAUGAAGUCUGGCAUGCUAGCUGCUGAGAGUAUAAUGGAGAGUCUGGAUGCUGGGAAAUCAGAAACCAUAGGUCUAGAACCUAAAUCUUAUGAAGAUAAGGUUCGAAGCAGCUGGAUUUUUUCUGAUUUAAAAGCAGUUCGCAACUGUAGGCCUUCUUUCCACACGCCAUUGGGAUUAAUUGGUGGCGUGGCUUACAGUGGCGCUUCUAUCAUUCUUGGAGGCAGGGAGCCUUGGACGUUGUCCCAUGGAGAUCCAGAUUACAGCAGACUGAAGCCUGCAAGCGAGGUUAAACCAAUCGAAUAUCCUAAGCCUGAUGGAGUGAUUAGUUUUGAUCUUCUCUCCUCCGUCGCCCUGACCGGAACGAACCACGAAGGUGACCAACCUCCUCACCUGACACUGAUGGACGACUCGGUUCCGAUCACUAAUAAUUUAGCGAUUUACGAUGGUCCAGAAGGAAGGUUCUGCCCAGCUGGUGUGUAUGAGUUUGUACCAUUAGAAGAUGGUUCCGGAAUGAAGCUCCAGAUCAACGCGCAGAACUGUAUCCAUUGCAAAACCUGCGACAUCAAAGACCCGACCCAGAACAUCAAUUGGGUCGUACCCGAGGGUGGUGGCGGUCCAGCUUACAAUGGCAUGUAAACAGCCAUCAGCAUCUUUUAGCCAAGUACCAUGACAGUAUAGCUCAUCGCAACUGAACACGAUCUGGCCUUGUUCUUCUCGUCGAUAAAGCCAUAUUUUUAUAUUCUUAAAUAGCAUCUUCGUAGGUGUUCAGCCAUGGAUUACUGAGAUAGGCACAUUAGAGUAUGUCCCGAUUUAGCUCUAGUCUAUGCUGUUAGGAAUAUCGUUCAUAUUGAUGAAUCUUCAAAGUUUUUUUUUUUUAUUAUUAUUUAUUAUUUAUUUAUAGAAUAUUAAUAUUUAAAUUACUUGUUUUAUUGGUUUUAUUUAUUUUUAACUCCACAAAUUUGUUUCAAUAUCAUUAUUGCAGUACCUCAGCUAAAAGUUAUUAUAGUUGGGAUCCGGGCAGUUUUAUAUAUAUAUAAUUAGUACUUUGGUGCCAAUUUUAAAUAUAAUGGAUAUAUAAUAGAGCAAAUUGAUGCUAUAACCUCUGAGAUAUAGGUUUGGACUUGAGAAACCAUCCUAAGUCUGUUAACUACAAUCAGUAGAAGCUUUUGUUUUGUUGAAAAUAUUACGUCCUCUCUUUUUCCUUUAAGAACCUGUGGAAAUAACUUAUAAGUCUAUAACUUGCCUAGUUUUAUAUAACUCUUGUAAAACAUGGUGCACAAGACCUCCAUGUUGUUUUCUUAAUACUGUUGAUAGAUUAUUAUCAAUGUUAACAGAUAAUUUUUUGUUAUGCACGGUGUUAUGCACUAGCCAGAGAGUGUGAAUCGAUAACAAGUAUUAUAUUUUAAUACAAUGAUAAUAUUGAUUCUUUAUAUAUCACAAAUUUGGGUAAAAAUUAAGUCCAAAUUAAAUUAAGUGUAUGUCCUGCCAUCUGUUGAUUAUACAAAGAAUUUCAUUAAUUUUUAAACUAUUCAAGGGAUAAAGCCACUCUUUAUUAAAUUGUAUAAAUCCAUUCUGGCUAGCUUAAUUUUCCUUUACAGUGUGACAUUGGUUCCUUACAUUUAAGUAUAGAAGACUUAUAUUUUUCCCAGCAUUCUAAUAAAGAAAAGUAAAAACAAAUUUUUUUUUUCAAAAUAACAUUAUGAUGUUGGCUCACUUUGGAUCUCAAUGCCUCAUUACUGAAUGAUGAUUCCAGUGUUCAUUAAAAUAAUGAAUUUUUUAUAAGUGACUUAAUGGAUGUAAUUUUUUAAUAUUUACAAUGAGCCAAAAAUUUGUUUUAUCUAUUGAAACUGCUCU